AUGUUCUUCAGGUCUCUUUCCACUCGGACACGCCAUCUCGACCCAGACAUCCUCCGCCAGCGUGCCAUUAAGCGCAACGAGGUCGGCGUACAGCUGCUCUCUCCCAGUCUACAUCGCCAGGUCUUUAAAAAUGUCACCUUUCCCCCUCCUCCCAAAGAACACAUCCGUAUAUCUCGCGAGCAUCUCCUCGCACACGGCCUCGACCCAACAAAGACCGCUGCUCUCCCAGAAACAUCCUUCAAUCUGCCCCCGCUCCAGGGCAAUAACAUCUCAGAGCAUUUUCACCGCAUCGGCGCACACGCUGCCCAGCCAUGGCUCGCCCUCUCCCAGCGCUUCGCAGCUGCACAGCUGCCUCCAAAGCCAGACGACUGGCACAUCCAGAGCGGCUGGACAAAGUAUUACUACCUCCCCGAUGGAUCCAGCUACUCUGAGCACGUCCCAUAUCCCAUCCACGACGGCGUACCAGAGUCCCAGCUCGAUUUCGACGUAGAGACCAUGCCCAAGUACCACCCAUACGCCGUCAUGGCCUGCGCCGCCUCACCGAACGCAUGGUACGCCUGGAUCUCCCCCUGGCUUCUCGGCGAAACAGACGACCCCGCCCAGCUCAUUCCCCUCGGAGCAGGUUCCAAAACACCCCAGAUCAUCGUCGGCCACAACGUCUCCUACGACCGCAUCCGCAUUCUCGACGAGUACGACGCCCGCGGCACCGCUACCCGCUUCGUCGAUACCAUGUCCCUCCACAUCGCCGUCCACGGUAUAUCCGCCCACCAGCGCCCCGCAUGGAUGAAGUACCGCAAGGCUCGCGACGAGGAAGAGGAGCGCCAUGCCGAAAGCGUGCAGGCUGUCGUCGGUCUCAUCGCAGAGGUCCGCGAGCGCGAAACCCUCGAGCAGGAUCCAGACAAACAGGCAGACCUCCGCCGUCUCAUCGCAGACAUGGAAGAAAGCCUCGUCCAACUCCGCCAAAAAUCCUCAUCUCCACCCCUACCCAACAACGACACGCCCUCAGACGACGUCCCCGACGCAGAGGAAGACGAGUCCUCCCAGGCUAAAAAAUGGGAAGACAUCACCUCUGCCAACUCCCUCGCGGACGUCGCAAAGCUGCACUGCGGCAUCGUGCUCGACAAGGCCGCCCGCAACGACCUCAUGGAGCUCGAGCCCUCCCAGAUCCGCGAAAAUAUCACCGAUUAUCUCGAUUACUGCGCGAGCGACGUCGCUGUCACCCACGCCGUGUUCGCUGUGACACUACCCGCCUUUCUGCGCGCGUGCCCGCACCCCGUCUCGUUUGCCGGAAUUCUCACCAUGGGCUCCUCAUUCCUGCCCGUUGACGAGAACUGGGAAACGUACCUCAAGAACGCAGAGGGCAUAUGCAAGGAUAUGGAAGACAAGGUCCAAAACAAGCUCAAGGCGCUCGCGGAAGAGGCAAAAAGUCUAAUGGACCGAGGCGAAGAGGAGACCUGGAAAAAUGACCCGUGGUUGUCACAGCUGGACUGGACCCCAAAAGUCGCAGGCAAAUCGCGCGGCAUAUAUCCCCCGGAAGAUUUCAAGGAAUACCCAGACGAACCUGAUCCAGCGUUGUACAACCGCGACGCGCACGCGCCGAAAUGGUACCUCCGCCUCCUGGCCGACCCGCUCGCCGCACUGAAAACAGACCCCACCACCCUCCCGAUGCUGCUCAAACUCUCUUUUACCGGCCAUCCUGUCCGGUUCUCAGAGGACGAAGGCUGGCAUUACCUGCUCGACGACGACGAAAUCAAACCCAUCCUGCUCCGCGCUACCCAAAAAUCUAAAACAAAAUCAAUCCUCGUCAAAGCAGCCGCCAAACUAUUUGAUUCAGGACAGUUGACAUCAACCGAUGCGGAUCUUGCAAAGGCACUGUGCGAGGCUAUCGACGACGAAGACGAUAUCCACCACCGGAUCACCUCACUCGCCAACUCUCUCGUGUCCACUCCCCCAGAAACGCGCGAGACCGACCCAUGGCUCUCCCAGCUCGACUGGACAAUCCUCCCCAAACAAUACACCAACGACGGCACCCUCAUCGCCCCUUCGAAGCGCAGCAAACUCCCCAAACCCAAACCCCUCAAACCCCCACCCGUCAUCUGGCCCAAAUGGUACUGGGAGGCCAAAAAACCGAGAAAGGACAUGGCGCCCGGCACACUCGAGGUGACCGUGCGCAACCGCAUCGCGCCGAUCCUCCUCCGCCUCUCGUGGAGCGGCUACCCGCUCUUCCACUCGCGCGAGCACGGGUGGACGUUCCGUGUGCCCGGCGCGGACGGGUUCAAGACGCGCUAUGCGCCGAUGUCGUUCUACGCCCCGGAGGACGAGGCGCUGCAGCAGGCCGCGCUGACGAAGGGGUAUCUGUUCUACAAGCUCCCGCACAAGGACGGCGAUGCGGCGAAUGUGGCGAAUCCACUUGGCAAGACGUUCCUCAAGUACGCUGUGAACGGGACGCUGAGGAGUCCCGGCGACGAGGCGAAGGAGGCGCUCGAUCUGAACGCGAUGUGCAGCUACUGGAUCUCGGCGCGCGAUCGCGUCAUGAACCAGCUCGUCAUCUGGCAGCAGCCCCAGCAGUGCACGUUGGGGCUGCCGCAACCGAGCGAGCCGGGGGGGAAGUACGGCAUCAUUCUCCCGCAGAUGACGACGAUGGGCACCGUCACGCGGCGCGCGAUCGAGAAGACGUGGUUGACGGCGAGCAACGCGAAGAAGACGCGGGUCGGGAGCGAGCUCAAGGCGAUGGUGCGCGCGCCGCGCGGGUACGCGAUCGUCGGCGCCGACGUGGACAGCGAGGAGCUCUGGAUCGCGAGCUGCAUGGGCGACGCGCAGUUUGGGUUCCACGGCGCGAGCGCGAUUGGGUGGAUGACGCUCGAGGGCACCAAGGCCGCCGGCACGGACUUGCACUCCAAGACCGCGAGCAUCCUCGGGAUCUCGCGCGACCAGGCCAAGGUGUUCAACUACUCGCGCAUCUACGGCGCGGGCAUGCGGCAUGCGAUGCUCCUCCUGCUCCAGUCGAACGCGAGCAUGCUGCCGGAGGAGGCGCAGAAGCUCGCGGACAACCUGUACGCGUCGACCAAAGGAAAGAACACGCACCGCACGGACAUCUUUGACCGCAAAUUCUGGUUCGGGGGCACGGAGAGCUACCUGUUCAACAAGCUCGAGGAGAUCGCGACGUCGGACAAGCCGCAGACGCCCGCGCUCGGGUGCGGCGUCACGUACGCGCUGUCAAAGGAGUACCUCCCCGAGGGCUUCGGCACGGACUACAUGCCCUCGCGCAUCAACUGGGCCGUGCAGUCCUCCGGCGUCGACUACCUCCACCUGCUCAUCGUGUCCAUGGACCACCUCAUCGCGAAAUACGGCAUCAACGCGCGGUACAUGCUCUCCGUGCACGACGAGCUGCGCUACCUCGUCGCCGAAGAGGACAGGUACCGCGCGGCGCUGGCGAUGCAGAUCGCGAACCUGUGGACCCGCGCGCUGUUCGCGUACAAGUUGGGCAUGGACGAUCUCCCGCAGGGCGUUGCGUUCUUCUCCGCGGUCGACGUUGACCAUGUGUUGAGGAAGGAGGUGGACAUGCCGUGUGUGACGCCUUCGCAGCCCGUCCCGAUCCCGCCAGGCGAGAGCUUGGACAUCGUCAAGGUCCUCGAAAAGACCAACGGCGGCUCGCUGAUGAAGGACGGGGCGCCGAUGCCAGACGAGCGCGGGAAGCCGUUCGAGGGCACAUUGGAGGGAUACCAGGAGACGAACUGCCUCAGGCACCGCGCGAGCAGCCCCGCGUUCCUCAAGGCCCAGGCGACAAAAGAUUUCGGCGAAGUCAAAGGCCUCGCGCAGCAAGCUACCGGGAAACGCUUCGAGGGCGGCAACCAGCGCGCGUUCAAGCAGCGCCCUAAAACGCCGCGUCGAAAGCCGCGUCCUAUCGGCAACGGCGAAGGAUUCGACUGGUCAGAAGAAGUAGAACGUGUUCUUGCAUCAUGA